GCAUGUUGGGUACGGGUAGUCAGCGACUGGGUAGCCGGUCUGCCGAAGGUGCUGGCUGGGUCAGUUGGUCUGGUCUGUCCUCUUCGCCUCUCCGGCUUGUUAAGCGGGCGGUUUGGCAGGAAAAGGCAGGCGUGUGGUGAUACUGUCACGUCUGCGCAACUGCUGACUGCUCAUGGUCAGGGUCAACGCGUGUCGCGGAGCUGUUCUUUAAAAAGUCUAGGGAGUGCUGUAGCUCUUGAUUAUCGUAGUUUACAAAGUCUUAGGAACUUGGGUUAAGCCCGUUGAACCGAUUAAUUCAAGCAGUUUGUCCAAAUGGAAGUGUGCUCCAGGCUGCUCUCUCGGAGUUGUCUAUGGAGGACACUGGAUCGAGGAGUCGUGGUCUCCGCCGCACUUCUCGCCCCCUGCCCCGUCCGUAGACAUCCAUGCACGCGGAGCCUCGGCUUCCUGCGGCGUCGGACAGACUGGGUCGCUCACCGGUGCUGCCAUUGGCGGAGGUCGAGUCCCAACAUUGUCUUCUGUCGCCAUAGAGUAAUGGAGACGUCACAGGCUGCCCUGUCAAGCGUGGUACCCGUGUUUUCAGUUAUGAAAUUUGACACGGAAGGGAAUGUGACUUCAUUUGAGAAGAAAAAGACAGAACUGUACCAGGACCUUGGCCUGCAAGCACGAGACCUGCGGUUUCAGCACACCACCAGCAUCACUGGGAGGAACAACCUCAUCAUCAUGCGCAUGGAGUCUCUGAAGGCCGUGGUGACGCCGCAAGUCCUGCUGAUCCUGGACUUCCGUGGUUUGGGGCUGGAACGCUGGCUGCUCUAUGAAUUGGCUCCGCAACUGGCGGGAGACGGACCUCUGGCCACCUACUCUUUGCCUUUCGAAUUCAGAGUCAUUGAAGCUAUACUACAGCAUCGACUGAAUAACCUGCAGACCCGGCUGAAUGAGGUACAGCCACUUAUCCUGGACACGCUUGAGUCCCUAGUGGAUCCGAAGCUUCUCUCUGCAGAUCGCAGCCAGCUGCACAUUCUCCUGCAGAACAGCAAAAGCCUGUCAGAGCUGGAGACGGACAUCAAAGUCUUCAAGGAGUGUCUGCUCAAGAUCCUGGACGAGGAUGAGCUCAUUGAGGAGCUCUGUCUCACCAAGUGGACGGACCCCCAGGUGUUUGAGGAGAGCAGCCAAGGCAUUGACCAUGCUGACGAGAUGGAUCUGCUUUUGGAGAACUACUACAUGCAAGCAGAGGAUCUGGGCAACAAGACGCGAGAGCUGAAGGGGCUCAUCGAUGACUGCGAAAGCGUCAUCUUCAUCAACCUGGAUAGUCACCGGAACGUCAUGAUGCGUCUGAACCUCCAGCUCACCAUGGGCACCUUCUCGCUCUCCCUCUUCGGCCUAAUUGGGGUGGCCUUUGGUAUGAACCUCGAAUCUUCCUUUGAAGAGGAUCCUCGUGUUUUCUGGCUGGUGACAGGCUUCAUGUUCCUGGGCAGUGGACUGAUUUGGAGGCGGCUCCUGUCAUUCCUGGGCCGGCACCUUGUGCCAUCCUCUCCACCCACGAUCCCACCCGUGUGGAAGAGGGGUCAGGUGAACAGCCUCAGAGGGGCCGAGUCUAGGGUUGGUGUGAAAUGAGGGCCUCACUGGAGAACACCAUAUAUCGCUAGCCAAGCUAAGCUGCUCUCAUGCUGCUGGGAAAAUAGAGCAGUGUAACUUUGUUUUCUAGCCAUUAGUGAGUGGGAAAAUAACUAUUUCACAGUGAUUAUAACCAGUAAUCACUACUGACAACCAAAGAAGGUUUCUGUUAUGUGUUCUGUAACUGUACUUAUUUUAAUUAUGAAUGUUUUUGUUUUAAGUUAAAAUGUUUUUAUUUCUAUAGAUUACCCACUGAAGCACAAUUCCAUUCUUGCCGUUGGCCAGUGAGAAUAUUAAGGAAUUGGAUACAUUCAAGAAAAAAAUCAUUCUUGAUAAAGACUUUUUAAUCCCACAGGAUUUUCCAAGUUUCUAAAAUGUUCACUUGGGCAUAUAAAAUGCCUGUGUUGAUGGGAGGGACACCAGUUUCCCUUCGGUAAGCUGUUGGCUUUCUCUGUGAAAUGUAAUUAACCCCUUAUUUAUGUGCCUCUGCAGUAAGGGGGGGGGGGGAGAUGUACUGUUACACCUGAUCAGUGAUUCAUUUUCAUCUUUUCUGUAGUCGAGAUGUUUGCAGUUCUGCUUGUACCAUGAUGACUGGAGGUUGCCUGGUAUAGGGGCUGUACAUACAGCUGUGCUAUGGAAGCUGGUAGCACUGUGCCGGUCCAGCCUGCAAAGUUUUAGGUCUGUCAUUUAUCUGUCAAAACAGUGAGUGAUGCUUUCGUCUCAGGCUAGAAACAGAGUUAUCCACUUGUUGGAUCGUAUGUGCAAGUUGCAAUGCAAUAAAUCGCAAUGACAUUGUGUGUCAUUCAAAUAUAGUGUAACUGGAGCACAUAAUGUUGGGUACAGUUUUAUCUUAAGUCAUUGUUUCUCAUACUGAUCUUUGGGGACCUCCCAGCAGUGAAGGAGCAAAAAUGUGGACUGUCUGGGAGAGUGCUGGGAGGGAGCAAAAAUGUGGGCUGUCUGGGAGAGUGCUGGGAGGGAGCAAAAAUGUGGGCUGUCUGGGAGNCUGGG